UUGUGUUGAAUAGUUUCAGUGUUUCUACAAGAGUUAACAGGCUUGUUCUAAUAAGAAAAAAUUAUCAAACUAAAUUUCAAUUUUAAUUAAUACAAUGUUUCGGUUUGGAUUAUCAAAGCUUUUCAAACACUUCGUAGCAAAACGCAACGAAGCACGAUAUUUUCGACCCAGAAAUGGAUUUUUAAAUAAUAAUGAUAAUAGUGAUGAUGAUAGUGAUGACCAAAACGUGAAGAAUACAAUAGAAAAGAAGCGGACAGAUGAAGGUGUCACAGCAAGACCUUGUGGAUCAAAGUCCUUGGGAGAUAUAAAGCUCAUUGGUGAUCAAGUUAUUGAAAAACCUUCGUACAGUGGAGUUCCUAAAAAGGGCUUAAAAUUUCUGGAUGAAGCAAUUAACAGCGAAGCUGAUAACACAAAACACGAUCAUAAAGUAAUUGAUGAACAAACAACUAAUCAUAAUGAGAAUAUAGAAAAUAGAAGUGAUGAAAUAGCUCUCCAAGAAAUAGAAGAGUACAAUCUUACGAAGGCAUCCAUUAAGUACAAAGAAUUUCGCGAAGUAUCACAACAGCUUGAUAGUCUCAAAAAAAAUGAAAGCAGGAAAACAAAACAUAUGGAGGAAUUGGUUCACCCUGAAAAGUCUGACAUUAAGUUGCGUACAAUGGGACGUGAUGGGUUUGCCAGAUCUUCAUUUUCGGAAUAUACGAAUGAAAAAAAAACCGACCUAUUAAAGUCUAAAAUUCUUAAUAAAAAAAAUGAUUAAAAAUAUAACAUUAACAUAAGUAGGUAUAUUAUGCAGUGAUCGCCAAUAACUACGUCGGAAUGAUCUUAUUAUAAAAUAUAUGUAAUUUUACAUACUUUAAGUACUUGAAAUAAUUAUAGAAAGAUUUUCAACAAUGGCUUAAAGCUUGAUGUGUAUUUUUAACAAUUCUUAAAUGAUUAUGUGGAAUGAACUAUAGUACUCAAAUAUUUUUAAA